AUGGUCGGCUUUCCGAACGCCACCACCUGUGCUCUCCUCCACCUCGUCAUCUUCUUCUACCUUGCUACCCCUGCCAUCUCCUUGUCCUUCAACUACUCCACGUUCAGCAAAGCAGACCAGAAGGACAUCAAGAUCGAAGGCGACGCAUCCUUCAACGGCGACACAUCCACCGGAGAUAUCGACAUGAGCGCAAACAUGUACGGUAGCAUCUGCCGGGCGUCGUACAACGCCCAGCCGGUGCAGCUCUGGGACAAGGCGACCGGCCAAGUGGCCAGCUUCACCACGCGGUUCGAGUUCCUCAUGUACGCCUCCAACAACGGCAAGGUGGGCAUGGCCUUUUUCCUCGCUGGCUACCCGUCUAGCCUGCCGGCCGACUCUCCUGACUACAACCUCGGCCUCACUAACCAAAGCGCGGACGCCGUGGCAUCCGGCGAUAGCCAGUUCGUGGCAGUGGAGUUUGACACCUUCAACAAUGGCAAUACAAUAGUAUCCGACCCCUACGACCACAUCGGCAUCGACGUCAACUCCCUCAGAUCGGUGAGCACACUGCCCCUGCCAAGCUUCACCCUCACGAACGCGCCCAUGACCGCUGCGAUCGAGUACGAUAAUGCUUCCAGCAUCUUAGCGGUGACGUUAUGGGUCGUGGAUGGCCUCAGCAAUUACCGACAGAGUUACAGCCUUAGCUCUAAGGUUGACCUCAAGAGCGCACUACCGGAGCAGGUCUCCAUUGGUUUCUCCGCAUCCACAUCCAACGUCAACCCAUUGCAGUCUGCAUUUAUGAGUAUAGUGCUACAGUCUUGGUACUUCAACUCUUCGCUGGAACCACGGUCAGCACCACCACCACACUCCCCGGCAGGGCCAGGUUCUGUAGUUAUAGCUGGAGCAGUUGUCGGCGCGACAAUGUUCCUUGUGUUGCUCUUCGCAGCUGCAGUGGCUCUUGUAGUGCGCCGCCGUCGUCGUCGUCAGGAAGUCAUGGAGGCGGAGGAGUACUACACAGACUCACAAGGCGAAAGCGAGCCCAUGACGGAGAUCGAGAUGGGGACGGCGCCAAGGCGGUUCCCAUACCACGAGCUCGUGGAAGCGACGAGGAACUUCGCCGCGGAGGAGAAGCUUGGGCAAGGUGGCUUUGGCACCGUGUACCAAGGCUAUUUGAGAGAGCCAGCUGGGCUUGCCGUGGCCAUAAAAAGGUUGCAAUCUUCCAUACAAGGAAAGAAGGAGUACAAAUCCGAAAUCAAGGUGAUAAGCAGGCUGCGUCACCGGAACCUCGUGCGGCUCAUCGGCUGGUGCCAUGGCCAUGAUCAGGCGCUCCUACUGGUCUACGAGCUCAUGCCCAACCGUAGACUCGACAUCCAUCUCCAUGGCAAGAAGGGCACCUUCCUCACAUGGGAAAUGAGGAUGAAGAUAUUGCUGGAGCUUGGGUCUGCGCUGCUCUACCUCCACGAGGAGUGGGAGCAAUGCGUGCUUCACCGGGACAUCAAGCCCAGCAACGUCAUGCUUGACGAGUCCUUUGGAGCCAAGCUAGGCGACUUCGGACUCGCAAGGCUCGUUGACCAUGCCGCUGGGAUGCAGACCAUGACUGCAAUCUCGGGAACUCCAGGCUACUUGGACCCCGAUUGCGUGAACACCGGCAAGGCCAGCGCCGAGUCCGACGUGUACAGCUUCGGUGUGGUUCUACUGGAGGUGGCAUGCGGCAGGAGGCCGAUGAGCAUAACCGCCGCCGACCAGGACAAGCAGAAGAGCGGCGGAGUCUUCCGUUUAGUCGAGUGGGCUUGGGGACUUUAUGGCCAGGGAAUGAUCCUUGAGGCCGCCGAUGAGCGCCUGAACGGGGACUACAACGCGGCGGAGGUGGAGAGGGUGAUGGUCGUCGGGUUGUGGUGCGCGCACCCAAACCCAAGCGUGCGGCCGUCCAUCCGGACAGCCAUGGCCACGCUCCAGCCCAAGGUCGACCAAGCCUACCAGCUGCCCGUGCUUCCUUCCAAGAUGCCAGUGCCCAUGUAUGAGCCGGCGCCGCCGCUCGCCUGGGCCAAUGUCGUUGGGAUGUCAUCAUCGUCCACGUCGUCCAGCAUGCCGAUGCACACUUCUUGUACCACAACCUCCGACGCUAGCACUUCGACGAACAGUUCGAAGACCUCUUCUUCACUACUCAAACAUCAGUAGCAGUAGUAAUUUAUGGUGUGCGUUUCAUAUGUUCCCGGAGUGUUGAUGUAAUGACUAAUGAUGCCAGGAUGGGACUGGCAGCUGGAAUGGUUAUCAGUAUG